GUCGCGCAGCUGUCACCUGUCAGUGUGUAGUGGUAAUUUGUCAAAAUUGUUAUUGUUUUUAUUCUUUGUCUGAUCCUGAACACAUUUCAGAAAAACUUGAAAAAAAUGAAGAAUUUUCCAGUAUUCGUUUUCCCGGUGUCGUUAGAAUUCUUUAUAAAUGCAAGACAUACUCAUAAACAGUUACUUACAGUUUAUAAUCCAUAUGACUUCUCCGUUAAUUUUAAAGUGUUAAGCACAUCUCCAAACAAGUUUACCGUGGUUGACCCUGAAGGUGUUAUAGCUCCACACAAUUGUAUAGAUAUUGUGGUCAGGUUUUCUCAAACGGCUGUGAAUCGUGGUAAUACAACAGAGAAGUUUCGAAUUACAAUGUAUGACAGAAAUACACAACAGGCCCUGGGUAAGAGAGAUAUUCCUACAAAGUUAAUAGAAGGUGAACCAUCUAACACAAAUCCAGAAAGUUUAGGUGAUAGUUUUCAUCCCCUGACUGGGAAAGCAGCCCAGUUGAGAACAGAAGAGCAUACUCGAGUUACCUGCAACCAUCCAACACAACACAGAGAACAUCAACCUAUCAAUGUGGUAGCCGUAGCCGUCAGUGUAUGCUGUAUAGCCGCAUUGCUGUUACCUACACAACCCGAGCAGAUAACCAAGUCUCAAUGGCCAGAAUGGCUACACAUUGGCUCCAAUCUCAAGUUAGUGUUCUCUUUUGUGCUUGGACUAGUUAGUAUGUUGGUUUUAAGGCCUUAACUUAAACUGGAACUUCAAUGUAUAUUGUAUAUAUAUGAGUAUGUACAUUCUCCUUUUAAAAUAAAACAGCUGAAAAAACACUACUAUUUGUACAGCUGGUGUGUUGUUUAAAAUGGCCUCGAGUAGGCAACUUUUUAUGAAUAUAAUAGGGUAGGUAUCUUAUAUGGUUUAUUUAAUAAAUACAUAUUUCCUCA